UAGUAAUCGUGCUUGCAGUCACGUCUCUCAUCGGUCAUCAAGGAUCUCAGAAAUAUGAUGUACAAAGUGUUAAUAAAGACGAUAAUAACUUUUCUUUACUUUCAUAUAAGUCUACAUGCGUAAAAAUCAUGUGAAUUCAGUGCCUCUGGACGUAUUGAUUUUCAAUUAAAACGACAGUAAUUACGUCGCACCUCCCUGUAUAAACGACCGUUUGCUUACGAGAAAGUCCGCAAGAGUGCGUAUCAGUCUUUGUGACGUCACGAAAAACCUAUCAGUCGGAGAAAUAUGUCGGCGUGCUAGGAGGAACAAGUGAUCGUGUUAUUGUGUGAAAAAUAUUGGUUUUCGCGGUAUUCAAAAUUGAUUAACUAUUUUCUAUCAAAGACUCAUUUCAAAUUGUUAAAAUGGCAUCACAUAUAAUGGGAAAACCGGAAUUUAUAGUGGGUGGUAAAUAUCGGUUAGUACGUAAAAUCGGUAGUGGAUCUUUUGGUGACAUAUAUCUGGGAAUAAAUAUAACAAAUGGAGAGGAGGUUGCUGUUAAACUAGAAUCUAUUAGGGCAAGACAUCCUCAACUGUUAUAUGAGAGUAAAUUGUAUAAACUAUUACAUGGAGGCAUAGGUAUACCACAUAUCAGAUAUUAUGGCCAAGAAAAAGAACACAACGUACUCGUCAUGGACCUGCUCGGUCCGUCACUGGAAGACCUGUUCAACUUCUGCUCCCGCCGGUUUACUAUUAAGACGGUCCUCAUGUUGGCCGAUCAGAUGAUAGGUCGUAUUGAAUAUGUCCAUUGCAAAUCGUUUAUCCACCGUGAUAUAAAACCGGACAACUUCCUGAUGGGAAUAGGACGCCAUUGCAACAAACUCUUUCUUAUCGAUUUUGGUCUGGCAAAGAAAUUCCGUGAUGUCAGGACUAGGAUACACAUUGGAUAUCGCGAAGACAAAAAUUUAACUGGUACUGCCCGGUACGCUUCAAUCAACGCCCAUCUGGGCAUCGAACAGUCACGUAGGGACGACAUGGAAUCCUUAGGUUAUGUACUUAUGUACUUCAACAGAGGCAGCCUGCCUUGGCAAGGUCUCAAGGCUGCUACAAAGAAACAGAAGUACGAGAAGAUCAGCGAAAAGAAAAUGUCGACACCAGUUGAGGUACUUUGCAAGGGUUUCCCCGCCGAAUUUUCGAUGUACCUGAACUACUGCCGCGGACUCCGUUUCGAAGAAGCGCCGGACUACAUGUACCUGCGACAGUUGUUCCGCAUCUUGUUCCGCACGCUGAACCACCAGUACGACUACACGUUCGACUGGACGAUGCUGAAGCAGAAAGCGGGGACGGCCGGAGGAGUGGGCGGCGGCGUCGUAGGCGGCGGCGGUGGCGGUCAGACUACGACGACGGGGCCGACGCCAGGAGGGCAGAGCGGCGCGCAACAGCCGCAGACGUCAGCUGGGAUGGCGCAACAGCCCGCGCUGCGAGACAAAAAAGACGAUGAUAAGAAUAAACUGAGUUCUGCUAAAGGUACAAAUCAAAGUAAAAAACACCUCAUGUCACCUGAGGUAGCUAAAAUCCUCAGAGGCCACUGAGUCGGCCAGUUAUUAUUUAUUUUUAUGCGAUUACUUUGUAACAUGUAUUUUUUAUUGUUUGGAUAAAAAUUUACAGUAACAUUACAUUCUUUAUUUUGUUGUGAUUUUUUCUCUAAAGUAACGAAAAAAAAUUAGGUUUUCGUUUUAUUGUGCUGUACAAUUUUUUUCGUUGCAGUGAAUAAAUAUUAUAAAACUUCACGCUGUAUUGGUUUUAAUUCUGUAUGUCUAAUUUGUUUAUGUUUGUUAUUAACUAUUGUGGAACACUCACUGUGGCGUUAUAAGUUCAGCUCUUCGCAAAAAAACUUGCAGACACCUGUCAUUGCUUCAUACUAAUAAUAAUGAUGCCAAAGCACUAUCAUUUAUAAACAAUGUGAAAGUGACAGCCUAAUCAUAUUAUUCCUUUGUUUUGAAGGAAAUUAUUGGCAGGAUGCUCUACACCGUUUAGUAAAUAAGGAAAAGCCAACGAAUAAAUUGGUCCGAAAACAGAAUGAGCAAUCUAGAAGACUUGUACCUACAUAAAACGGUAGAUAAGUCUUCCAAAAGUUGCACAAAGACGGACAACUUCCAAUGUAAUACUCGUAUUUCAGUAAUGAACUAUUAGCCUAAUCAUAUUAACAAAUUUCUCCGGAAUAAUUGUAAAGUCUGGUUUUAUUGGUGCAAGUUGUUCAAAGAGGUAUUUAAAACAUGGACGCAUAAAAUGGGUACACCAAUUUUUGUGGGAAAACUUUUUAUUUGACAACAAAGAAUGAGAAAACGUGUUUUUAGGAUUCAAUCGAAAAUGUUGACAGGAACGGGGAUUUUUAGGUAUUUAUAAGACCUACAAAAUGAGACCACAUGUAAAAAGAUAAGACUGAUAUCAAAAAUAUGGCCGAAAAACGAGGCAAAAUGCAGGUUUUGGCACUUGGUAAUGUGACGAUAAUGUCACGCAACUUCUUGAAAUUCUUCAAAUCCGUAGGAUUCAUACUUCUAAAUAACAACAAAAUUGAAUUAUAUUGGUCAAGUAGUUUUUUGAGAAUUUCUAAUUGCUUAUCCCAAAACACCUGUUUUCCGGCCAUCACUACUAGUUUAUUGAGCAAUUCACAGGGUUCGAUCACAAACCAUUCCGAAAGAUAAACGUUAUUUUUACGCAAAAAGCCUCUUUGCUUGCAUCCCCAAAAAUUCGUGAUAUCUGUUUCUAAUUUUUUUUAUUUUUGUUUCUAGGCAACCGUUAACGCAGUCCUCACCCAAUUGAAUCGACUGGGCAAAAAAUAAAACAACUAACUCCGCAUCUGGUUGGUUAAAAAAAAUAAUAAAAACAAUUAUAGAAAUGCCUCCAGAUCACGGCAUUGACUCUUUUAUAUAUAAAAUUAAAUUUUAUUAUAAGUGAGCAUAUUACGAAUUUAUUAUUUACUUUAUCUACCCGUGAACGGAUAUGUAUAAAAAAAAUAAGGAAAUAACAAAAAAAUAAAAACAAGUAAUUGAGAUGGGGGAAAACGCGUCGGCCGCAACUUACAAAAUGGCCGUCCUCUCCCUAUUAUAGUAUGUGUGCAUCUUGUGCGAAAUGUGAACGAGUGAAUGCAAAUCAGGCUGUAUUAUUUUAUUUCUAAGAGUGUAAAUUGUAAACCCCUGAAGUGAUCAGAUCGAGGUUAUGAAUAUGCGGCGUGAACCUUUUUGUAAUCCAUGUGAAAUAGUCAGAAUUGUAUGAUCCGUCAAGUUAUUGGAUCCUAAAGUAGAGAUAUUCAAGGAAAUUUAAGUGUCAAAUCAUGCCUGAUGAAUGGCGGCUUAGAAUGCUUCCAUAGCAAAGGCAAAAGCAAGAAAGAAACUAAAAAAGUCAAAGAAAUUACUUGUAAUAUAACGAAAAAUAUUGCCAAAAUUUAAAACAGUCUGUGACAUUUAAAAUUAACGAAUCCUUGAACGUUUUAAGAUCCUCUUUGCGACAUUGCAGCAUUUCCAGUUUAGUUCAAAAUUGUCCAAAAUUACCCAAAGCCGAAAAUAAAACUACUUUUGCGAUUGUUGAUUUAUGGUUAUUAAAUUUAUUACAGUGAUCUGUUUAUCAGUGAGACGAGCAGAAAAAAAAUUAAGAAAGCAACAGCGUAGAUAUGAUACCCUCUCUUAGACUGAUGCUUUCAUUUUGUCAUGUUACAUAAUCUCACUUACUUUUUCCUCGAGAUGCAAUACCAACGCUCCAAUUGGUACAAUUAUAGUAAAAUCAAUGUAACCAGAUAUUAAUUGGGUCGUUGAAACUUACGGCCGUAUCUUCAGUCGUUCCUACAAUUGUAGGACGCCUUUAUGGCCUCCUUGAUUUUCAGUCUUUUCUCUUCUUCAGAAAGGCUGGGGUAUUUCUAGAUUUCUACUGUUCCGUAUCAGCGCUCUCCUAUUUAAAUAAAAAAAUAAUGCUUUCUUUUUGAAUUGUAGGAAAUUUCAGUCUGAUAAACCAGAUGAUAAAAAUCAAAAGCAUUAACAGUUUGAUGAAAAUAGAUAUUUGUAACAUAACCUCAAAAUAAAGCGCCUGUCUGAAGGACAUGAAAAGCUGACAUCCUUGAUUUUAUAGUUCUCUACUGUUCCGUGUCAGCGCUCUAUUUUGAGGGGUUAUGUUUCAAAUAACUAUUUGCAUAAAAAUGUUCAUGCUUUUGAUUUAUAUCAUCCGUUCUAUUCUAUUCGUCAUUGUCCGUCAGAGCGGUCCGUGGGACCUUCGCUCUUUGUUAAAGUAUCGUAGGUCAAUAGGUCUGUCCGGUCGGGUUAUAUCAUGUUAUAUCAGCCUAAAAUUUCCUACAAUUCACGGAACAGUAGAAAUACCACAGCGUUUCUGCAUGAGAGAAAAACUGUGAAAAUCAAGGGGCCACAAAGGCGUCCUACAGUUGUAGAAACGACUGACGAUACCGCCCUUAGAUGUCGCAAAUGCUUCAAAUUUUGGAACAAUAAUCAUCGAUUGAUUGAUCAGUUAGCGGCUGGCCCUAUUUUGAUCAAUUGAAUUUAAUUACGAAUCCGUGGAACCAUUGUCGCCAAGAUUGUGCUUUCAUCGUAUUUUGGUGUUAUGGUAUUAGAAAAUAAAAUUUCAACAAAAGUUGUUUAUCAAAAGUCAGAUUUUUCGAAUUUCAGGAACAAUUGAAGACACAAGUAGAUAAAGGUGUCAUGUAACAUUUUUUUAAAAUUGCUUUUUGCAUUAAACGAACUUUAGAGAGUGAUUCUUUCAUUCUGUGAUUACUUUGUUUCAAAAACAAGAUAAUUACAAACUAAUAAAAGUAAAUAUUUCAAAUUUCAAUAAAAUAAAGUCUCAAUAAAAAGUAUGUUUUUCUCCAUGCAAUGAUUUUGUUACAUGACAGCUUUAUCCACUAGUGCCUUCGAUUAUGAUUCAAAAUCUCGAGAUUUAUGCUGACUAUUCCGCAUGAAACUUCCAGGUUGAUUUUUUUAUGCAACAUAUGUUGAGUUUCGAUAGAUUGAUUUUGGACUUGAGCGUAACUCCCCAUUCUAUUAUAACUAAUAUAAGUUGUGAUAUCUGAAAGCCUGGAAAGAAUCUAUCGAAAAUUGUUGCCAAAGGUUGCUUAGACUCUGCUACAUUAUACAUACACAAUAAUUUUGUUUUUCUAUCUUUUGUAAUGUAGCAAGAGUUCAGUGUGGCUAGUCAUCCUUAGAUUUUUAUUGUUGAAUUGAUAUAUUUAAUUUUUUCCGUUAAUAUUAAAUUAGAUAUGGUUUUUGCGAAGUCACCUUCAGAAAAUUAUUACAGCUAAACCAAAUGUUUUGCCAUGGAGAUGAUAGAAAAAUAUUAUGUGUAUAUAUCUUUGAUUUCUCGUUUUUAGGUUGUAUGGUGAACAGUCCAUCUUUUUGAUUUAUACGUAAGAGGGGUCUACGAUAGAAAUAUAAAAAGCUUUAUAAGUAGAUAUUAAUAAUAAAUAUGUAUACAAUAUAUUAUUUCGAUUCAUUACUAGUAUUCUCUCAUCUUUGUUGUAAAUAUUGUUAUUGAUAUCAUGUUGUCAUAGCUAUAAGCACAUUGUAGAUUCAUAAUAGCAUCAUAGAUAAUCAAUAUUCCACACAAAAUCGUCCAAAAAUUGCUUUGGGGAAAAAUUUUUUCAUUAAUACGCCUCAUAGCAAGUUACUGGCGUCAUUUUUUGUAUAUAUGAUGUAAACCAUAAUUGAGGUAAUUUUUCUAUUUCUUUCAUGCGAAAAACUUGAGUUUAGCUGUACAAUGCCGUAACAAAACGGUCUCAAUAAAAAUAUAUGCUUGACUGGUCUGUGACACUACAAGUCAGAAGUAUUGCUUGCAAAGAUUGUUUUGGUUUAUUAUAGAUUUAAUCUAAACAAUUCAGUGGUGAUUGACAUUCAUUUAUUAUCUAAACCUAACAAGUUCUGCUAUUCUGAGAUCCAGCGCAAGAGGUUUGGGAAGAACUAGUUUCCAAGAUCAAAUUUAGUUUUUCAUAAACUCAACGUUUUCAUUUUCUAAACACCAUACAAUCCAGGGUAGCUAGCUACUGCACCUCGGAAGGCAUAAAGAAUGUUCACUGGAUUUUUGUAAUAUCACUACGUACGCGGCGCGAAAACCUACUCACAACUGAUGGAUUUUGAAUUCACCAGGAUGUGGAUAUGGUGUAUGUCAAAAAUACAUACUUUCAUAUAAAGUUGUACAUACAUCACGAUCGGAGGAUGUGUUACUUUUGACUAGUAGUGUACGUCGUAUAUGAUUAUGAUCGCGAAGCUGACGUUCAUGUGGAUGUUUGCUAGUUUAAAAUGCGGUCGUAUCCUAUUGAUUAGGAACUUACUCAUCGUCUGUCUCAUUCUUUUAGCCGCAUUUAAACGGUGCAAUACGUGCGACACAUGCAAUUGAAACCGACAACUCAUCUGUUUGAAUCAGGUGACCAAGCGUACCGCAGAGGCCCGAAAGAUUCGUAUUUUUGUGAUAAUUCGUUCGAUUAGCGGCCUUGGGUAUGAUUGGUUACUCAGAUCAGACUUUUACGGACUUCUACUUAAAAACACAAAUAUCAAAAAAAUUAACUGGUAUGUAUUUAGCACUGUCAUUGUUGGAGGCGUUCAUCGGAAGCGAGCAAUCGGCAGCCUUACAAGUUGAGUCAUGCAAGUGAUCAAUCCAAUCCAAUGCAUUUUUACAAUACAAAAUGAGGGCCGAGUCUACUAUAUUUUGUUUUUUAUUCUUUUCUUGAAUCUCGAUAACAAAAAUAUUAAUUUUUUGAUACUAAAUUUAUUUGAAAACUAGCAUCCAGAUAGUAAUUUUUGAUGGCAAUAAAUUGAGCAAAUUAAAUAUAAUAUAAGAAUGAUUAUAGGAUUUAUGAAAUUCAGGGGUGAAAUAAUAUUGGCACUCUGAAAAAACUAACAAGUAAAUAAGUGUUAACAAAUUUUAUUUACAGUUAGUACGUUGUUAUCAUACAAUUUGCAUGAAUUAUGGCCUAAAAUCGAGGCACGGAGAUUCUGAGUUAUUUUUGGUCCCAUUUCUGCAUAAGAUCAUCUUGUGGCUGUCAUUUGGUAGAAAUUUUACUUUUUGGGGCCUACUUGUUUGUUUUUUCAGUGUGCCAAUAUUUUUUGACACCUGAAUUUAAUGAUUCCUAUUAUUAUUUUUAAUUUGCUUAAACCAUUGCCAUCCUAUUUGGAUGUUAAUUUUUGAAUGAAUUUAGUACCAAAAAAUUAAUAUUUGUAUUGGGACAUACUGUAUAAGAUUACCAAAUGCGUGCACUAUAUUGGAUCAUUGCAUUUCCCAAUUUUAACUUGAACGUCUAAAAAAGUCUGUUCUGUUGCCAUUCAACAACGCUAUCACUCUUCUUUUUGUUGUUAAAACAAAACUGGUAAAAUAGUGUUCCAUAAUUUAAAAAAAAUAAUGGUUGCUGUUUUUUGAACGGGUGAGGGACCAUAAAGGGCUUUCUGAAAAUAAUUCUUUAAAAAUUCACAAAUUUUGGAAUAAGUAUCUUGAUAUUUUUAAGAGCGCAUGGCCCGUACACACUAAAUACAAAACAUAUAUAAAAAUUGAAGUGUUAUGCCACCGCUCUCACAAUAACAAAAAUUAAAUUCUCAUAAUAUAUUAAAUUCUUUCAGUGUUUGUUUUUAUAGUGAGCGAAAUAGCGCAGCACCCUCAUUUCUAUACAUAUUUUGUAUCUCAGUGUCUUUUAUUAUAGAUGUGUGUAUAGUUAGUUAAAUAUUUAAAAAUGGGUGAAUUGGAGACCAAAACGCCAAAAUAACGAACGCCGGACUUUUAGUUUCAGGGUCGAAAAGCACCCUUAGGGACCUGAACCCUUUCAGAAACUAUAAUCAUUACUUGCAUUUGUUGCGUUCUUUCAUCCCUCACUAAGACUAAUUGUUAGAAUCUAGACUUGAAGAGUGAUAGAUGAACCACAAGUGAACCAUUUUAACUUAAAACAUUUCCUACUCAGGUAAUUUUUGAGGAUGCUGAUUUUGUUUUGAUUUAAAGGCUGUGUGGUAAAUAUAUCAGUUUCAAUGGUUUACUUACAGGUCCAGGUUUUCUCAUUUUCGUCGAAACACUGGUAGACAAUGACUAAGGAACUAUCAAUAUUUAAAAGUACUAAUCAAGAUCAUUUUUUAGGCAGGUAGCUUCUCAAGCCAUGUUUGACUAAAAUUAGGAAAAAUAUCAGAUCAAAUAUAUCAAACAUUUCUAAACUUGCGAAAUUGCUACCGCUCAGUAGCGCGAACAGUCGUGAUUGGUGGAUGUCAUCUGUCAAUGUCAAACUAUAUACCAAUCACGUGUAAGUGUUCCGCUUUUGAACUGUAACAACUACGUUUUCCAGAUGUGGCGAUUGGAAUCGCUGUAUAAAGAACUACCUAGUUAUUUAGUUGUUAUCUAUCAGUGUCCAUAUAUUACUCUAUAAUUUUUUAAUAAAUAAUUUACUAAAUGUAACAUUGUGAAAAAUAAUACCCAGGAACUUAUAGUAGCUGCGAAUUUCAGCUGCCACGAUAUGCGAUUAACAUCCACCAAAUCUUUAAUGUAAAAUCGAUGUGUGUUCUACUAUUAAAACAACUUGUAAAUUUAGUUUUAUCAUUGUUAUUUAUGUAAUUUUUCUCAGUUAUUUUUCAGUAGUUUUUUAAAAUAGUUAUUUGAGGCUCCAGCCAAUAAUAAUUUAAGUUAACAGGAAUUCAGUUCUAUAUUUGUAAUUGAACUGUUAAUAAGGUAUCGAAACAAUAAAAAAUGAAACAAA